AUGGAUUAUGGUACAAAGCUUAGUAAAAGUGAUGGGGAGCUGCUGUCUGAUUCUACUCCAUACCGAAGAAUCAUUGGAAAGUUGCUCUAUCUUUCGAACACUAGGCCGGAUAUAAGUUUCGCUAUAGGGAAGUUAAGUCAAUUCUUGGAUUGUCCUACCACAGAGUAUUUGCGAGCUGCUCAUCGAAUAUUGAGGUAUGUGAAAGGAUCCCCAGCUGCUGGCCUUUUCUUCUCAGCCAAAUCAGACUUGAAUCUCACAGGCUUCUCAGACUCAGACUGGGCAGGGUGUCCUAACUCCAGGAGGUCGAUCUCAGCCUAUUGCUUUUACCUUGGUUCAUCUCUUAUUAGUUGGAAGAGUAAGAAGCAACUUACAGUCGCUGCUUCCUCCUCCGAGGAAGAAUAUAGAGUGUUAGCGCUUGCAACUAGGGAGGUCCAAUGGUUGAGUUAUGUUCUUCAGGAACUUGGUGCACCACUUCAGAAAGCAACAAACAUUUACUGUGAUAGCAAGUCAGCCGUGUAUAUAGCCACUAAUCCAGUCUUCCAUGAGCGGACCAAGCAUAUCGAGGCGGAUUGUCACAUUGUCCGCGACAAACUACAAGAAGGCGUGAUUAAUCUGCUACCUAUCUCUACACAUGAGCAGGUUGCAGACAUUUUGACUAAGCCACUAGCACCAGGCCCUUUCCAUUACAUCCAUGGUAAGCUUGGGCUGCUGAACAUCUUCGCGGUCAGCACUCCAAGCUUAAGGGAGGGUGUUACUUAA